AUGCGCGCGGUGGGCGGGCGCUGGGCCGGCGGCGCGGCGAGGGGGGGGCGGGCGGCGCUCGGAGCCGCCGCCGGGGGCGGCCGGGCCGGAGGGGCCGCGGAACCCGGGGAGCCGGGCGGCGGCCGGCAGGGCUGGCGCGGAGAGUCGCGGGGCUCGCCGCAGCAGCUGGCGGAGCGGUACGCGGACCUGGCGGCCAGCCACAGCGAGGCGCUGCGGCAGCGGGAGGAGCGCGAGUGGCACAACGCGCGGCUGCGCCAGGAGAACGUGCGGCUGCGGCUGGAGAACCGCCGCCUGCGCCGCGAGAACCGCUGCCUCUUCCGACAGGCCCUGCUGGGGCCCGGCCCUGACAAGCCCGCCGUCGAGCCGGGUGAGGAGGCGGAGGCCCUGCGCGCCCAGCUGGCGCGGCUGCAGGAGAAGCACCGCCGGGCCCUGCGGCACCUGCGGCGCUGCCGGGCCGCCGGCGGGCAGGAGGCCUCGGGAGCCGAGGACGGCGAGUUGGAUGAGCUGCUGUUGGAGGAGGACGAGCAGUCGCUGGAUAAGAAGAGCUUGGUGCCGCCCGUGUAG